AUGCUAGUUAUUCUACUAAAUCUAAUUUUAACUCUACACUUUACUGUUUAAAAAGCAAUCAAACGAGAAAAUUUGAUCAGAAGCCUCGCCUAUACUUCUGCUAGUUUCAAAAAACUCGAUGACAAUAUCUGGCCAUUUAAAGUUGAACGCAUUAAAAAUUUGAUGAUGAAUAACUUGGCUAGCAAUCAGUACAUAGUAUUCCUUAAUAUCCGGUUCUACAAGAGCCCUAUGGAUUAUUCUCUGGUUUAACUAAUCCUCUAGUCCAAUAAAUUAAGUCUAAUUAUGCUUACAAGCAUGCCUCUGUUAUAAUGCAUUAUAUAAAAUUUGAAGUUAAAUUGCUUUUUCUCCAAUAUCCUGGCUAAGGACCUAUAUCUGAGCCUCCUCUACAAAUUGCAACAGAAGAUGGACAAGGUCGACAUUAUCCUGGUAUUGUCAUCUUUACUAGUGAGAAUGAUUUACCCACUGGGCAAGGAUCACAACUGA